AUGGCGAAUAAAAACGCUCAGGACGCCCCCGUCUUCCUUCCAAACCUAGUUCCACACUUAUUCGCCCCUCGCAAAACUCGUCGCCGCCCCCAUCCCCAACAACAACGUCCUUCUCCUACGAAGAUGUCGAACGUCCAAAAAGAUCACGACUCUCGCAGCGGAGCCUCAGACAGUCCUAUGUCCAUUUAUCAUCCAUCUAAGUCCCAGGAGACGGGCAAGAGCGGCAGUAAGGGAUAUCCCCUCCUUUCCAGAGUUAUCCCCUCUGACAUGUUGUUAUCCGUUAUCCUAGCCCGCACACCCGAUUCCGAGGCGACCGACUCCUUCUCCCAUGAGGCGUUCUUACGUGCGGAAUUGGAUGCUCACUUCUCGAAUGCGAGGGAAGAAAUUUGGAGUAUGAUGCUCGAGGAGAGAGCAGUAUUAGCUAAGGAGAGAGCAGAGACGCAAGCGAUGUUGGUAUGCGAGCUGGAUAAGUUUUCAUCUCGCAUGCUUGAGAGGAUGAUAACUCUUGUCGCCAUGGAGCGGGCCGAGGCCCGGGCUGCAGAGAGGCAUGAGAAGGAGUCAGGGGCAUAG